AUGGAGUUGUUAGCGGAUUCUGUCAAGGGCUUCUACAACCUUCGCGACCCGCCCUGGCGACGAACGGAUUGGGAUAGACGUGCAGACGGCAAGGAUCGAGUUCAGCUGGCGGAUGGAUCUUUUUUUUCUUCGCUUGAUACAAUGCAGCGGAAAGGAGGCUCAACUGGGAAGGUCGGAAUAAAGGUCGCAUUUACAAUGGGAGGCGAAGAGGGAACAAUUUCUCUCUGCUUUUCAUAUGCUGGUGCUUUAUUUUGCCACGGGGGCGGGUUUGGGGAGCGAAGAAGAAAAGAUGUAAGCCAGUCAGAUUUCGGAGCCGGUUACUGGCUUCUUUCCGGGCGUUUGGGCGUUCUUGGCCUGUCUCUCAGUCGUCUACAUCUGGCCUAUACCGAGCGAGCAGCGUUUUUCUACUUGUGCCGACGCCACUCCCGCUGUUCUGGUCUGCUUCUCGUCCCUCCGUACGAGAUGACAAAUGCUGAACCACCCGAGGGGCUUCUUCUCUCUCUUUCCACGUUUUCAGCAUUGACCGAUCCUGCAGUACUACCACGGGCGGCAAAUGGGGAUUUCGAGGCGAGAGGGCAACAAGCGAGCCCUGGUGAUGGUGGCGUGGCGGCGUGGCGAUUGUCCGUUGCUCGUCCGUGA